AUGGCCUCCCGCAUCUUUACUGCCGGCCUUUUUGCCGCAUCCAUCUCUCAGGUCCUUGCCUCGUGCGCCUACGGAACUCACCUCGACCCCCGUGCUGAGGGAGGAAAGGUCAAGGUCAACACCUUCGCCUACACUGGUAGUAAUGGUCCUUUGAACUGGGUUGCUCUGGACACUACCGCCAAUACUCUUUGCGCCACGGGAACCACCCAGUCCCCCAUCGACAUGGUCGCCGGCUCCUUCAAUGUUCUCCCCGGCAACUCCAUCAACCUUGAAAUCCCCGACAUGGCCGAGGGAACCGAGUUUGAGAACCUCGGGACCACGGUUGAGGUUAUCGCUAAGGGCGGGUCGAUGCAGGUCGGCGGCAGCAACUUUACCCUGCAGCAGUUCCACUUCCACUUGCCCAGCGAGCAUCUCGAUGCCGGGAAGAGCAUGGCCAUGGAGAUGCACAUGGUUUUCGAGGGCGCCAACCAGGAGAUUGCCGUCAUCGGUACUUACAUCGACCUGGAGCCGGGUGCCGGCGCCGGUGCCGGUGCCGGUGCUGCUGCCCCCGAAGCCCCUCCUGCCGAGGCCCCUGCCGGAGGGAACGCCACCGCCGAACGUCGUAGCAAGCUGUCCCGCCGCGCCGCCGCUGGCUCCGCCGCUGAGGCUCCCAAGGCCAUUCCCGUCAUGGGAUCCACGCCCGUCACGGCCGAGGCUGCUUCGUCCAACUUGCUCGAGACGGUUUUUUCUUCCCUCGAUGCCAUCAAGGAGCCCGGAACGGUCACCAAGACUGGCGCGCUGAACAUGCAGGAGGUCGUCAGCCUGCUCUCGGCCGGCAGCUUCCAGAGUUACAUGGGCUCCCUUACCACUCCUCCCUGCAGUGAGGGCGUUCAGUGGCUCGUCUCAACCCAGCGUCUCAUGGUCCAGCCUCAGACCUUUACCGCCGUCCGCGACGUCAUUGGCUUCAACUCCCGCUUUCCUCAGAACACUCUCGGCCAGGAAAAUAUUCUCCAAGUAGCCCAGAAGAGCAUCGCCAGCGCCAACAUUGCUGGUGCUCCUGCUGCUCCCGCGCCCGCCGCACCUGCCGCCGAGGCUCCCAAGGAGGCCGCUGCCGCCCCGGCUGCUGGACACGCAUGA